AUGGACCGACGGUCCCUCCGCGAGAGGAAGGUGUCGGAGAGGUUCGCCGUCCUCGACAAGGCCGACCAGCGCCAGGCUGUGAACGCUCGGCUGGAGGCCCUUGAAGAGGAUGAUGCCCAGGAGAACGCCCUGGCACCCGGCUCGGACGACGAGGAGUUUACCGUUAGAGAGGACUCAGAUGGGGAGUCAAUCCCGGCCGCCGGCGGGAGCACAAAGAAGAGGAAGCUGAAGACAGGGAGCAUGCGGAAGACGCGAGGCAUGGUGGCGGAGCGGGCUCGGGGCCCCAAGCUCUUCCGGGACUGGCUAGAGGAGGCCGACCUGGCCCACGAUCCUGGACCCAACUACCUGACAGCUGCGAUGGGCCCGCCGCGCAGCCGCUCCACCCGCCACAGCUGCACGGUGUGCGGCGACGCCUCCAAGUACUCCUGCACCCGCUGCGGCUCGCGCUUCUGCAGCCGUCGCUGCAACGCUACGCACGUGGAGACGCGCUGCCUGAAGUUCACGCUCUGA